AUGGCAACCACAAUGACAACCACGACCACCACCGCUACAACAACACAAGAACCUACUCCCACUCACCCCCACCUAAUCCAAGUCAACCGCAGCCCGAUCCCCUUCGCCAGCGGGGCAUACAGUCUGGUCUCCGCACCCGCCGGCUCCCUGCUAUGCAAAAUCACCGGAACCACACCGUCCAAGAAAGCCUACACAUCUGUGCAAACGGGACGGGACAGCCACAUCGAGUUGAACUCCGAUCUGGUGUACUGCAACCACUCGUGCGAUCCGACAGUCAACUUCGACAUGCACAACAUGGAGGUGCGGGUGGUGGAUAACCGCGACUUGAAGGCGGGGGAACCGUUGACGUUCUUCUACCCGUCAACGGAGUGGGAGAUGGAUCAGCCGUUUGAGUGUACGUGUGGCAGUGGGGAGAAGUGUAAGGGGCGGAUUGAUGGUGCGAAGAACUUGAGUACGGAGGUGUUGGGGGAGUACUGGUUGAAUCCGCAUAUUGCUGAGAUGGUGGCUGAGAGGGAGGCGGGGAGGAACUAA